UCGCAUGUCUGGUGACGUUGUAUUCUUGACUAGAGAACUUGCAGAUGCAGCUGAGGCCUUUGUACUUAAGUUUUUAAUAAUCUGAAGUCCGUCGGUAUAUAUACGUAACAGUUUGCCCUGAGCCUGGUGCUGACUGAAUUAGAGCCUUAUGCUUCUUUGGUGUUGGACGGACGGCAGGAGCGAAACGUAGCCGAAUGAACGCUAGCUAGCAAGCUUGCUAACUUGCUUGCUACCGAGAAGCAUACAAGUACCGAAGAAAAGGAAGCACGCAAAAGGCGCUGACAAGAGAGACACAAAAGAAAAUAGAAUGACUUCCCGGAGGUGGUUCCACCCAAACAUCACUGGUGUGGAAGCGGAAAACCUCCUUCUGACCCGUGGGGUGGACGGUAGCUUCCUCGCCAGGCCAAGCAAGAGCAACCCAGGGGAUUUCACCUUAUCUGUCAGACGGAAUGGAGCUGUCACCCAUAUCAAGAUCCAGAACACUGGGGACUACUACGACCUCUACGGGGGGGAGAAGUUUGCCACGUUGGCAGAGCUCGUGCAGUACUACAUGGAGCACCAUGGCCAACUGAAGGAGAAGAACGGUGAUGUCAUUGAACUGAAGUACCCACUCAACUGCGCCGACCCCACAUCUGAGAGGUGGUUCCAUGGGCACUUGUCAGGGCGUGAGGCAGAGAAGCUGCUGACUGAGAAGGGAAAGAAUGGCAGCUUCCUGGUGCGGGAGAGCCAGAGCCACCCGGGUGACUUUGUCCUCUCCGUACGCACCGGCGACGACAAGACAGACUGCAGCGACGGCAAGCCCAAGGUCACCCAUGUCAUGAUUCGCUGCCAGCCCGACCUGAAGUAUGAUGUUGGUGGGGGGGAGAAAUUUGACUCUCUCACGGACCUUGUGGAGCAUUACAAGAAGAACCCCAUGGUGGAGACUUUGGGCACUGUGCUCCAGCUGAAGCAGCCCCUGAACACGACACGCAUCAACGCUGCGGAGAUCGAGAGUCGAGUGCGGGAACUGAGCAAGCUGGCCGAGACCACCGACAAAGUCAAGCAGGGCUUCUGGGAGGAGUUUGAGACCCUCCAACAGCAAGAGUGUAAGCUGCUGUACAGCCGCAAGGAGGGCCAGCGGCCAGAGAACAAGAACAAGAACCGGUACAAGAACAUCCUGCCGUUUGAUCACACCCGUGUAGUCCUCCUUGACGGUGAUCCGAAUGAACCUGGCUCUGACUACAUCAAUGCCAACAUCAUCAUGCCUGAGGUGGACUCCAAGUGCAACAACAUGAAGAUGAAGAAGAACUACAUUGCCACUCAGGGCUGCCUGCAGAACACCAUCAGUGACUUCUGGAGGAUGGUCUAUCAGGAGAACUCCCACGUCAUCGUUAUGACCACUAAGGAGGUGGAACGGGGCAAGAGUAAGUGUGUGAAGUACUGGCCCGAUGUAUCGGCGCUGAAGGAGUAUGGAGCCAUGAGGGUCCGCAGUGUCAAGGAGACCUCUGCACACGACUACAUCCUGCGGGAGCUGAAGCUCUCCAAAGUGGGACAGGGCAACACGGAACGCACGGUCUGGCAGUACCAUUUUCGGGCCUGGCCGGACCACGGCGUGCCAACAGACCCCGGUGGUGUGCUAGACUUCCUGGAGGAGGUGAACAUGAGGCAGGACAGCAUUCUGGAGGUGGGGCCCAUUGUGGUGCACUGCAGUGCUGGGAUUGGACGAACCGGAACGUUCAUUGUGAUUGACAUCCUCAUUGAUGUAAUCAGAGAAAAGGGGGUGGAUUGCGAUAUCGAUGUGCCCAAGAGCAUCCAGACGGUGCGCUCGCAGCGCUCCGGGAUGGUGCAGACGGAGGCUCAGUACCGUUUCAUCUAUAUGGCCGUGCAGCACUACAUCGAGACACUGCAGCGCCGCAUCGAGGUGGAACAGGGCAGCAGGAGGCAGAGAGAAAAUUGCAAUUCCUGCAGUGCCAGAGGACACGUGCUGAAAAGCAAAAUCAAAGGCAGAGAGUACACCAACAUCAAAUAUUCCCUGUCGGACCUGACUGGCGGAGACCAAAGCCCCUUGCCUCCAUGUACCCCCACGCCCACCUGUGUUGAUCUGAGUGACGACUGCUCCCGCGUGUACGAGAAUGUGGGCCUGGCCCAGCCCCAGAAGAGCCACAGAUGAGAUGACUGUGUGAGUGCGAUGGUUUGGAGGUGAACCCUGCAGGUGAGGAACAUGUCUGUCCCUGCACCAGGGAAGUUUGUGAAAUAGGUGGUGAAACAAAAGUGUGUGUAUAUGCUUAUAUGUACAGUAUUGUGGAAAGUCAGUCAAAGAGCUAUUUAUCUGGGUAAUAAGUAUACUUGUUCAGAAAAAAUUUACACAGUAGAAUAUAUGCAAAUUAAUAUGCAAAGUAAUAUGCAAAUUAACAAUAAUACAAUUAAAAACAGUGACAAACCAGUUUGUCAUUUAAAGGUCAUCUAUGUUUUAUUAAAAAAAAAAAAAACCCUGUUUUCAUAGUUUUCAUAUAGUGGAGCAUAAAAUUGGUACAUGCAUGACAAGCCUCAAACCUAAAUUUGACUGUUUAAUGUAAUGUAACAGUAGGUUAAUUUGUGCUAUUUUCGAACAGGUGAAUUACUUUGAGAUUGAGGCUAACAGUUUUAUCCCCACCCUGAAGUGUGUUUUUAGCCUGAGGUGUUGUCAUGGGGAAAAAAAAACGACUGAGCUGUGAAGAUUCUUGGACCACUCCAGUUUCUUUUUCAACCGUCGUGUAAAGUAGGCUGUAUUUAAAAAAAAAAAAAAGGAAAACCUGCGUCUCAAACCACUGUGAUCUUCAUGAAGCCUUACCAUUGGUUGGAAGUUGGAACAGAUUUUUUUUUUUAUCCCCUAUUAGCUUUUGUUAAGAUUGGUCAGAAGAUCAGUGGUCUUUGGACUUGGACAUCAGCCCCAGGUUGCCGGUUUUCAGGCAGCUGAAACGCUUUUCAUCCUACUAGUGCUUCUGCAUUAUUUAUCCCUUUUAUCUUUUUCUGUCACCACUCCAGGGACGACGCACUGCGAUGUUUUAUUUUUACUGCCUGCAGUGCAAACUCUCUGCUGCCCACACACUUCCCUGGUUUUGGCCUGUUCCUCAAGUCUGCUCUUUAAAAAAAAACAAAGGGAACCUUACAAGAAUGAAGGCUUUUGUUUACCCCCCCCCCCCCAUGCUGGGAGAUUUUUCAUUUAUGGUUUAAUGCUGUUCCUGAUAUCUUCAUAUUAAUGCGCCUUACUUGCCGAUUUUGUGUCUCUGAAUGACAUCCAUCAUGAUGAACCUGCUGCUUUCAGGAGUUCAGAUGUGAGACUGUAGAUGUGAACCUUUCCCCACGUUUCACAGUUGGGUCUCUGGAAGGGAUCAGCUGUUGUACCCUUAAACAGGCAACUGAAUUCAAAAUACUUCAACGAGUAUCCCAGCAAGUGGAGUGUGAAGGUCUGCCAGCCUCUUGUUGCCAUGGAUGCAAAUGUCCGCCAUGCUGCUUCAUAGCAAACUUAUUUCCCCCCAGGGCGACGUUGAUCUCUCCUGGAUCUCGUGUAAGGUUACUGAAAAGGGCUUUCCAAUGGAAGCUAGCUCAGAGGUGUGACUGGAUAAGCAGUGUGAAUUCUAAAUUUUUAUAAAUGUACUGUAUUUUUCCCCUUUUUUUGUUUAACUGCCUAUCACAUGCUUGGAAGCACCAUGCUAACCUACCCUUAGAAGCUAAGAAGAGAAUGUCUUUGAGAGCCAUAAUACAGGAGGAAACAGUGGGAAAAGGCUGUUAAGGCAUGUGCUGAGGAUACGUCUGUAGCAUUCCUGUUCCUAAGGGAGUCACUACAGUUCAUCUCUACGGCUCUGGCUCUGCUUUUCGGGCCUUCAUUACACCAGGUCUCAGACCCCUAACCCCACCAAAGGAACAGCUCAGGAUUCUAACCAUUGGCUCUUUGUGUCGUAUAUGUCUCCGUUUUACAUUCUGAAGGAAAUAUAUCAAAUCACUGCAGUAUUUUAAGGAAACGCUUUCUCAUUCGGUCAGUUCUCUUGCGGUGACGUGCCUGUUGUUAUGGCACUCAGCCUGGUGCUGACUUACUCUGCUAGUUUCUGCUCGUUUGGUCAGCUGCGUUCAAUGUGAAGGUUUGUCCGAGCGAAUGGAUCCAAAAGUGCCACUUGCUGGGAAAAUUGGGCUGCCAUUUUGCCGGUUGUUGACAAGCGUGUGGCUGGUGAUGGACCACGGCACAUGCCACAAAGCAGUCCCCGUCGCUUGGGAUUGUUGAACGCUUAGUGAUGCUUCCAUCCCAUUUGCCUAGAUUACGACAGGAGUGAUUCAUCAAGCCAACUUCUGUUUGUCUUAAGUAGUACUUUUUCGUCUGUGUCUUUUGUCUUAAUUCCUCAUCUUCAGUUGCUGGUUUGUGUCUUGUAGGUUAUCUUGCCCUGUUAAUGUGUAUCAAUGGUAUGUGUGUAUAUUUGUUUUGUGUUGUUUUUAUUAUUAUUGUUAUGUAUUGCUGUUUUUUCAGUGCUGUCCUUCUCUAAAAAGAAGCGCAGUAUUGGCUUACCUAGAUAGCAUUAAGUGGAACGCGGUUCAUUGAAAAUGAGCCGUUUUUGUGUUUUAUAAAUUAUGAAACUCUAUGUCAGUUAACUUUAUGGUUAAUUGGUUAAAUGUCAGUUAAAUGCCCUCUGUGAUCAGUUCCCUGGUCUUUUCCUACCAUGAAGUAAGGCUUUUGUUAGACCAUAUGCCUUUUAUUGCCAAAACGUGGUAAUCAUGACUUCUGUUUCUUCUUGACAAUAAAAUUUGAAGCUUCCACCUGUA